AUGGCUACUGGUAUUGGUCCAAAUGAUAGGGGUAAACAAAAGGUUGAUGAAGGGAGCAACCAAAACUCAAGUGGUAUCAACUUCGAAGAUCUGCAAGAUAUAGACAUCAUAGAUUACAUGCAAAGUUAUGGUGGACAAGCGUUUCAAGAUGAUGGACCAGAUGGUAGUGAGGAUGAUGACUAUAUCCCUGAGGUAGAUGAUGAAGAUUAUGACGCUUAUGGUAUAGAUGAUGAUGAUGAGUGGUUAGAGGGUGUGGAAAGAGAAGAUGGCGGACUGCAAACUGAAGUUGGUAUAGGAACAAGUAGUCAAGGAUCUAUAUUGGAGAGCAAAGAUGAAUUUGCUGAUUUAGAGGACAAUGAGAACAUGUUUCGAGAAGUGGAUUAG